UUCGCUGAUGUUCGUUCUGUGAACGCGGAUCAAUUUCAAGCUGAAGCUGAAAUAAUGAGUUUGUGUAUAAUUGGUGCUGGAACCGCAGGACUCUGUUGUGCUCGACGCGCACAGGAGCGUAAUUUAAAUCCUACAGUUUUUGAACUCUCACAUCAGAUCGGUGGAACAUGGGCAUAUAACAAGAACACAGGGACUGUUAAUGGUAUCGAUGUGCACAGCAGCAUGUAUGAAAAUUUAAGAACCAACUUGCCCAAGGAGGUCAUGGGAUUUCCAGAUUUUGAGAUAGGCGCAGACCGGAAAUCUUAUCUCCCAUCUGAAGAUAUUUGUGCCUUUCUAAAUCAGUAUGCCGAUCAUUUCGAAUUACGAAAGUUUAUUCAAUUUAAUACAUAUGUCAUAAGGGUGGUCAGAAAAAAACUCAAGUGGCAAGUUAUUGUCAAGAAUCUAUUGAUAAACACUGUACGCAUAUGUUAUUUUGAUAAUAUUAUGAUUGCAAAUGGACAUUAUCAUACACCAAAUUACAGUCAAAUUAAGAAUGCAAAUCUAUUUCGUGGCGAAUAUUUGCACAGUCAUGAUUAUAGAAAUAGCGAGAUAUUUCAAGGAAAGUGUGUGUUGGUUAUUGGUGGAGGACCCAGUGCUUUGGACUUGUCGAAUAUUAUAUCCAAAUCAGCCAAAAAUGUUACACUUAGUCAUCACUUGGAAGGCAUUUCGAAAUCCAUUUUUUUCGAAAAUGUUCAAACUAAACCAGAUGUCAAAGAGUUGGAUGAAAAUGGCGCAUAUUUCGUAGAUGGAUCUUACACAAAAUUUGAUACAAUAUUCUUUUGUACUGGGUAUAAGUAUGCAUUCCCCUUUCUCAGUGUCACGUCGGGUAUAUAUGUUGAGGAGAAUUAUGUGCAAAUGCUUUAUAAGCAAUGCAUUAAUAUACGCAAUCCAACAAUGGCAUUAAUCGGCUUACCAUUCUAUGUGUGUGCCGCACAAAUGAUGGAUUUACAAGCUAGAUUUGUCUUAAGCUACUUUUGUGGCACAAAUCAAUUAUUAACCCAAAAGGAAAUGUUUGAAGAUACAUUGGAAAGCAUGGAAAAGAAGUGGCAAAUGGGUUACAAAAGGCGGCAAGCCCAUAUGCUGGGAACUACUCAUAUGGAAUAUUUUUACAGAAAUUAGCCAGCACUGCCCAGAUUGCAAAAUAUUAAGCCUGUUAUGGCAAAAUUGCAUAAUGAGAGCAGUAAUUGUUUUAAUGAGAACUUGAUUAAUUUUCGUGAAGAUAUUUUUAGGAUUGUUGACAGUGAAACUUUUAUAAAAAUAAAUUAAAUCCAUUUUCAACACACCAGCAAUGUUUUCAUA